AUGGAAGGCCCUUCAGAAGACAAUCUUACCAUGGAAGUGAGAGAGGAGGAGAUGAUUUCACCACUGAAUGGAGAUUCGUCUCUCAGAAUAGCCCAUUUUCUCAGGCCUUCUGUCACCUUUAUCGAUGGUCCAGUUCCUGACCCUCCGUUGGAUUCUGUGAAUCCCACCAUGAUCGAAAGCUCUGUGCAUUUGAAAGCAAAUUUUGCUGGGUGGAGACACCCACAGAAAGAAUGGAAAACUUGGGUAAAUCGCAUGCAAUGUUUGCACCAUUCUACCUGGAGACAAGCUGGGAUUCACGAUGCUAUAAUAAGCUCCACGUUCAAGAUUAAUCGAAAUACUGAUCUGAUUUUAGGGGUUGCGGAGAAGUGGUGUUCGAAGACUAACACAUUUGUGUUUCCAUGGGGAGAAGCUACGAUCACCUUGGAAGAUAUGAUGGUUCUUGGAUGUUUUUCGGUUUUGGGAGACUCGGUUUUGAGUCCCACUGGAGACCUAGAGUUGGAAAUGACUGUAGAUAAAUUACAAAAGGCGCGCUCAGAUAUUGCCCGGGGUAAGGCAAGGAAAGCCAGCCAGUCUACCUGGAUGGUUAAAUUCAUGGACAGUGGUAGCAAAAUCGAGCACGAAGCAUUUCUUGCUCACUGGCUGUCAAGGUUUGUCUUUCCAGUAUGCGACUGUGAUACGAUAGGAAGAACUGUUCUCCCCAUCGCAGUCUGUUUAGCUAAAGGUGCUAAAAUUGCACUUGCACCUGCAGUUCUUGCUACCAUUUACAAGAAUUUGAGUUCACUAAAAGUGGCACUUCUUGCUUCAAGAAAAUUAGGAACUAGAGAGAAUAUUCGUGAAGUUAAGCUUACAGCCCCAUUACAACUGGUUCAAGCUUGGGUUUGGGAGAGAUUUCCAUCACUAUGUCCCAAGCCUAAUUCAACUAAACCUGGUGAGCCAAGAUUGGGUCGAUGGCACGACUUAAAGAAAGUGGGAACCAUGAAUGUGUCAUUGGCUAUAGAUCAUGCUGCUAAAGAUUUUACUUGGCGCCCUUACAUGAGGGCUGAAAACAGCUCCUUACCUCGCAUGAUUUACAAGGAAAAAGAUUAUCAGGUAUUGGUUGACUCUUGUUUGGGUGAUGAAUUCGAGGGGCUUGUUCGAUGCUUGAGAACAAGCGAGCUUGUUGGCCUAGAAGUAAAAUGCAUAGAGCAAUAUCUCCCACAUCGCGUGGCCAUGCAAUUUGGCAUGGAUCAAGAUAUUCCAGGUUGUGUAGCACGAGUUAAUGAGAGAACUGAUAUUGCGUGGCGUAAUUACACUAGGAAAAUUGGAGAUGCCAUAUUGUAUAUACCAGCGCGACUUUUUGAAUCAGAUGUCACAAUUCGAUACAUGAAAUGGUGGAAGAAAUUAAGGUUUACUAGAAUUGGGAUGACCGAGAUUCGUGAAGAAGGAAAGAGUACAUCCAGGGGAUCUGAAAUAGAAGAAAGGAAAGGCUUCCCCAAAAUGAAUAAAAUUCCCAACACUUCCGUGCCUCAGUUUUCCACCGAUGACCACAACAGAAAAGCAAAGACCUUAAAGAUGGCAAACAAAGAAUUCCUGUGGCACUAUUAUCCCAAACACAUGGAAAGCAGUGCGUUCAUGUGCAUUGGUAGCCCAGACCACUUCGAUCGUGCAUCGUCACACCCGUUGAAGCUCCAGCCUGUUGUCCGUAAGUCUGAAAAAGGGACCCGCCAAAGUACAAAAUCUUCAUUGCCACCUGUGAAAUUGUCAAUGCCGAAGGAGAACCGAAAAUAUGCGAAGUACAAGGACAUCGAUUGCAGUGAGAUUUAUGACAUGUAUGGUAAAUUGUUUGGCGACGCUUGUGAUUCAACGAAAUAUGAUAGAGAUCAUGGAGGCGACAAAUUAUCCAUCAAUGCAGAGAAAAUGAAUUCUAGUGACAACCCCAUCGAAGAUAGGAGCUACUCCUCUAUGAAUAUAUUUGGGAAACACAAUGGGUUUAAAAGGAAAUGCAAACAUGGGAAGGAGAAAGGAAAGAAAAAAAGUACGAUGAUAGAGAGGUUUUUACUUCUCUUGAGCAAGUGGUUAGUAUUGGAACAGAUCUUGCCUCAAUUUGCAAGAUCUCAUCAAAAGGCAGAAAUGUCGAUCGACAAGUACGUGAGCGAACUGCUGUCGUCUGGGCCUGUAGAUGAUGAGGUGUUGCUCCACCUGUUUGCGCUGUGGAUCCUACGUGUAAAGGAAAAUGGGAACUCGUACUUUGCUGUCAAGACACCACACAUGAGGUUUAAGUUUGUCAAGUACUGCUUUGAGCUCAACAAUCAGUCCUUUCCGCACAAGGGAUGA